AUGGACGACAAGUCAGACAUUGAUUGCACAGAAUCUGAGACUAAACGUCGAAAAUAUAAUAAGAAAACUGACGGUCAGUUUGUAUGCGAUUUCAAUGAUUGCGGAAAGAAAUAUAAAACGCGGAAAACUCUGAGAGAACACAAAGACAUUCAUUCGGAUGAGAUUUAUGAGUGCGAUGUCGACGACUGUCGCAAAGUGUUUGCUAUUAAACGCUAUUUAAAUGGACACAAACGAAGGGCACAUAGGCUUAAGACAUCAGUUUCUGGACGUGAUUACAAUGCGAGUGAAACCAAAGACGGCGACGACUCGGACAUCGAUACCAGCGCUAAGACAACUAAACCAAAAGCCAAUUAUUGCUGUGAUUUCAUCGGUUGUGGAAAGAAGUACAGAGAAAAAAGUUGGCUCCGGAUCCACAAACUGACGCAUUUGGGUCAGACUUAUCGGUGCAAAGCGGACGGAUGUGACCAAACGUUUACUACUGAAGGGUAUUUCAUUAAACACUAUUUAGGAAUUCAUGAGAAGAUUCACAACAAGUUGUUGCAAAUCCCGUGUGAAUGGUAUGGAUGUGAGCGACGGUUCACUACUCGGUCUAAACUGAGAGACCAUAUGAAUACACACACGGUUGAGAUUACAUACCGGUGCCAAUGGCCCGGUUGUGACAAAUGGUAUACAACACCAACCGCUCUGUCUGUUCAUGAAAGAAGAGUACACAAGGGUUUGACUGAUUUCGCGUGUCAUUGGCCUGAAUGCGAGUACUCGACCACUAAUCCCAUUAGACUUCAUAAUCAUAUCGAUAGACAACACAAGGGUCUGCAGGACUACCGGUGCUCUCAUACGGGCUGUGAUUAUACGACCACUAAAUGCGGGGAAUUGGAUAAACAUAUGGUUAUUCAUAAACAAUGA